AAAUUUUUUCAUCAACAAAACGAAAACCACUCUUUUUUUUUUUUUGGUUUUUCUCUUCUCAGUAUUAACUUUCUUCUCUCGCAAAAAUGGACGUUCCAAAGGAUCAAAUCUCUACUCUUAUCGACCUCGGCCUCCACAACUCAGCUCAAAUGCUCGGUUGCUUUCUUGUAUCGUCACCUGCUGCGAAUUCCGAGACCAAUCUACACCUCAAAGCUGAAAGCUUGGUGCUACUCGGUGAUGCAUUGUUUCGGGAGAGGGAAUAUCGCCGAGCGAUUCAUACGUACAAGCAAGCAUUGCAAUAUUACAAGACUGCAAAACAAAAUUCGACCAGUACUAGAAGUGCAUUGUCGUCGAACAGGUCCUCUUCUCCGAAUUCUUUUAACAUUUCAGCAAUUAAUGAAAAUGAGGUGAAGUUCAAAAUUGCAUCUUGUCAUUGUUCUUUAAGCGAGAACAGGCUGGCUCUUGCUGAGAUGGAGCAAAUUAACAAAGGCAGAAACUUGCAGAUGAAUCUUUUAAUGGGAAAGCUUUAUCGAUAUUCCAGAAAUAAUCGUUCUGCUAUUACAUGUUAUAAAGAAUGCCUAAGGCAGUGCCCUUAUGUAAUUGAGGCUAUUAUAGCAUUAGCAGAGCUUGGAGUUUCUGUCAAAGACAUCGUUUCAUUGUUUCCUCAGACUCCAAACAGAAGUGCGAGGGUUCCAUUUGAUUGUUUUGACUCAAGUCGUUGGCUUCAACGGUAUGCUGAAGCUCAGUGUUGCAUUGCUUCAAAUGACUACAAAGGUGGUCUGGAAUUGUUUUCAGAUCUUUUACAACGUUUUCCAAAUAACAUACACUUAUUACUUGAGACUGCGAAGGUUGAAGCAAUCAUUGGAAAGAACGAUGAGGCCAUAAUGAAUUUCGAAAAGGCUCGCUCCAUUGAUCCAUAUCUGGUAACUUACAUGGAUGAGUAUGCAAUGCUUCUAAAGAUAAAGUCAGACUCCUCAAAGCUAAACAAAUUGGUGCACGAUUUGUUGGUUACUGAUCCUACGAGGCCAGAAGUUUUUGUAGCAUUGUCUGUCCUGUGGGAAAGGAAAGAUGAGAGAGGAGCUUUAUCCUAUGCUGACAAGAGCAUACGAAUAGAUGAGAGGCACAUACCAGGUUAUAUAAUGAAGGGUAACCUGUUGUUGACUCUGAAGCGACCAGAAGCAGCUGUGGUUGCUUUCAGGGUAGCUCAAGAGUUGAGACCUGAUAUUCGUUCUUAUCAAGGUUUGGUUCAUUCUUAUUUGGCUCUCUCUAAAAUCAAAGAGGCUCUUUAUGCUGCUAGGGAGGCAAUGAAAGCCAUGCCUCAAUCUGCAAAGGCUCUAAAACUAGUAGGUGAUGUACAUGCUAGUAACUCUGGUGGCAGGGAGAAGGCCAAAAAGUUCUAUGAAUCAGCCCUUAGGCUGGAACCUGGUUACCUUGGAGCUGCACUAGCUCUGGCUGAGCUCCAUGUUAUUGAAGGGCGAAAUGGAGACGCUGUAACUCUGCUUGAACGAUAUCUCAAGGACUGGGCCGAUGACUCCCUUCACGUAAAACUAGCCCAAGUAUUUGCUGCAACAAAUAUGUUGCAGGAUGCAUUGUCUCAUUAUCAAGCUGCUUUGAGGAUCAACCUGCAGAAUGAAGCUGCAAAAAAGGGGUUAGAGCGCUUAGAGAAACAGAUGAAGGGGGUCGAUCCGGAUGCACCUGAAGAUGAUGAAGAAAAUGAGGUUGAGGAUGCCGACGCGGACCAAGAAGAGACUGACCUUUUAUGAGAACUAUACCAUCCAAUUACAGAUAUUUGCGAAGUUUGCUUAAAGGAGAAAAUGAGAUGUGGCAGUUGGCAGAUCAAGCUGAGAACUGACGAGAAUUUCCAUAUCGCAGGCCGCCUUUGAGCUGCUAUUUUCAGUUUCUGUUUUAGAGAGGAUUGGAGAAACAAAAAGUUUGUCGUUGAUAUCUACCCAGUGUGUCAAGGAGAUUGAAACAAAUUUCUAGCAUAAAUAUGAAGUGAAACACCCGAAUCAGUAGAUGAGGAACGGCGAAGAACAUCGACCGUUGGCUGCUGCUGAGUCAUUUAAUCUUCAUGAAAAAAGUGAUGUGCAUCUCAUGCUGGGUAACACUGUCAUUUGUAAUUCCGUCUAUUUUUGUUGCAUGCUUGUCUUUCAUUUUAUGUUUUGUUGUUGAAGUUGAUUUCAUGUCACAGCUUGUAUAAAAUGAGUUGAGUCAUUCUUAACUCAAAGACGAUGAAGAAGAUCGGCAUUGUUGAUUAUUUUAAUGUGGUAA